AUGCCGGGCAAUGAAGGUGAAAUGCGACCAUGGAAAACCGAGUUGUUCCAGGUGCAGAGAAAAUGGCAAGGCUGCUGCCUGUGCAUACCGGCCGAGGCCGUUCAAACGGCCCUUAAGCCGCAGUUCACAGGAACAGAGGCAAGUGGCCCAGUCUUCACGGCCAAUAAAGACUUCUGUAACCAAGAUCUAGGGCCCGAGAAGACAGCGCAGCCUCCGCUGGCAUUCCAGAACGACACAGAGAUUGGUGCUCGGAGUCAACAAAGUGCAAUCAGUUCAAGUGGUCAGAACGAUUACGUGGUUGAUGACGGCUGUAUCGCCAAGGGCGCAGAGCUUAUUCUCCAAUUGCAUCACCAAUUUUCGCUCCAGCCAUUCUCCCAUCUCUUCCGGAAAUGGGUUUCAACGGGGGCAAACCUCGCUUUAGCUGGGCCUCUCACCGAACCCUGUGCAUCGGCGGUUGACUACAAACUCUUGCAGUGCGAUGGAACACAUGCAAGCGCGCGAACGAUUUCCAGAAACCUCUUUUAUCGUUCUUACCAACCCAUCCCUUUGAACGAAGAAACGUGUUUUGAUGAAUAUUGCACUCACUUCGCUGGGGAAAGCACUCGAUGGGAGACCUUUGGCAUAUUUCUCACUGCCAUCUGCCGAGCCUCGGUAGACUUGGCUUAUGCAGAGCCAUUGUAUGAUUCAGAGCAACAACGCCGUAAGCUCCAAAAGCUCGCGCUUUCGUACUCGGAUCAAUGCUUGGAUCUUUGUCUACCUCUGGAUUGCAUGAACGACCUACAGCUUUUUCUGCAAUACGAAAACUUUAUCUCCCAUUCACAGGUGGAUGGCGAUCAGAGCUACCUCUCCUGGCGAAAAUUGGGAGACGUUGCAGCCUCUCUUUACGCUCUGGGGUACCAUCAACAACAGACAGAGGCCUUUCGCAGCGCACCUCGCUUCCUUCGUGAGCUUCGCCAAAUAGCGUUCUGCCGGACAUACUCGGCUGAUAAAAAUGUCUCAAUAUUUCUGGGUCGACCUCCUCGAAUCUUGCGGAAGUUUUGUCAAUUCUAUCUUCCUGGAACACCUACGCAGCCUGCUCAGAGGGCCUCCCGCACGCCAGCGGUUUGGGACUCCACUGAGAAGCCGGACUUUGCGACAGAUUCAAAGUGGGCUGCUGUAUGUGGAAUAUUGAAGGAGGAUAUAUUGGAUCUUUUCACCGAGGAGAACUACGAGGAGAGAACACGACGAGGCCAGCUUAUUGAUGCCGAUGCCCAGGCCCAAUGGAAUGCGGUCCCUGAAAACUAUCGUCUUCAAAGCAGCCUUAAGGCAUGCGACCGGCGACCGGUGGAGCGUGACUUUAUGGUUAACAUGAAACUGAACUAUCUCCACAUACAUUUCCUGCUGCGGCGAGCAUUGCUCCGGCCAAUGUCCACGGCGCCGGCUCCAGAAUUAUUUAGGGUUUCCAAGGACAUGCUUGGCCUUGUCAUUGAGACAACUAUGCUUAAGGACCAGAUCAUCAACUCUGGCACAUCACUAGUCUGGAAGGUCGUUUACUACGGAUUGUCAGCGGCUGGGUUCAUAUCGCUCACUCUUGCCAACCAAUCAUACGCCAAUACGACGCUCCAGAUGGACAUGUCCCGCGUAUUCCAAGAUCUCAGUAUCCUGGUGGGCGAGGUGGAGUGUGGAACAUUGGUAUAUAUUGACUCGCCCAAUUAUGCCUUGCUCUCUCAGGCAACUCAAACGAUUAAAUGUCUGCUUAAUCGGAUGAUUACUCCCUUUCAGGCCUCACAUAAUAUGGCAAUCUUAAAUGAUGGAAGUUGGGGCCUGUGGGAUGACAGCAGUUUCCAGGAUUUCGAGAUCAACUUCUGGCACAAUCUUGCGGAGCACCCGUUUCUUAAUGGUUAG